UUGUUUUGCUGAUACAUUAACCUCAAGUGAUGUUUAGGGGCAGUUAUCUAAUUAAAGUUAUCUUUUCGUCUAUAAUUUACACUUCAAAAACGACGGAAUACGUACUGGUGUCCCUUUAAGCUUAAUUUUGUUUCGUUAGUGCAACAGCCAAAACCACCUGUUUUGAUCGCGGUCGUUUUGGCCCUCAUACCACCAAUACUCUCUCAUAUCGCGUAUACGGGCGCACGUUCCUGGUAGCUUUCUAUUCAAACCUAACCGAACCGUAGCCGUGGAAGGUUGUGCUGAAGUAGCGGCUGCUGUCAGAAGGAAAAACGCGCGCGCGCAGCUUGGAGGCCAUUCGUCGGAUCUUCCGUUUGUUUCGCGUUCAAUCGUUGUAUCUGGUUUGUGUUUUUACUUUACAAUCAAAACGUGCCUUUCAAUAUGCCGAUGUCCAUUCACUGCAGUUUAAAGGUUCCUGAUUCGAGGAAGUAGCAUACGGUACCAGCCAGAAAGACGGAUACCGGCAAAACUAUUCCGAGCGUGCCUUUGAUGGUGCUUUAAAUUAAAAAGCAUCAAAGUUAACUGUGCAGAUUUAAAGAGUUGAAACGUACAAAGAGUGUGUGAAACACAAUUUGAUCGUACGGAAGUAGUCGAAGUAGUUCUGUGUUAUUGCGGAUGUGGUCCUGUAGUUUACCGUGUGUUACGUGAUUGUCCUGUUAGCAGUUGUUGCUGAAUGUUUGUUUCGUUCCCAUAGCCUUGUAGAAUCGUAUUGAACAACCUGACAAGCGUUCCUCAGGAACGGCCGAGUGGUAACUGUAAAAGUGUCCCUUGUGUGAUUUGUAUGUAAAGUUGUAUAUGAAUUGUUUCCAACAUCCAACGACCGCUGUACAACUAGUUCUUCAUGGCUGGAUAUCUUCGGCAGAAAGCGAAAAAAAUCACAAGCAGCAAGUACUCGAGCGAAUUGCAAGAAAACAGAAAACCCAUUCCCGGCACCACCAUCGCCAACACAACCGAUUCUAUCGCGGAUCGUGCUCGCUUCCUACAGAACCCGGCUAUACUAGACACGCUAGACACCGUUCAUCGGUCAUUGCUGUUGAACAAUCUCAAAUUUGAUACCGAUGAACAUGCUGGUCUAGGCGGUUCUUCCAUUACGGAUUAUUCCACGCUACCGGGUAAUCAAGGAAGACCCAAGGAAGAAUUACUCGAGUCAUCAACAGCAAACACUCGAAAGGCUGUUUGUGAUCAGACUCACCUUAAGGUAAAUAUUGCGGAAGCGUCGACAGAUGUCAGGUUGUCCAGAAAGCAAGAAAUAUUGCAAGAGGAUCUACACCACGAGGGAUGUGGCAUAGCGGACUCCACCAAUGAGUAUGCGUCACUAGAUGAUGAACUGGAAGCACUGUUCGGAAAGGAUUGGAACAAUAAUAUAAACGGAGAAGGCACAGAACGCACCAGCAAAGUCAAAAUGAUGGUACAGCAGUACGAACAGAAGAAGGACAAGGUGUCUCGGCCCGUCAGGACAUCGGCACCCACAGUGGGUGUUGAUACGGCCGAAUUAUGUACGGACCUAGCGCAUCCCGAUGUAUCCUCCUUUGGUGAUGUGGAGACGAGCGAUUUUGAAAGUGCUAGUGUAACGAGUGGAAGCAGCGUAUGUGGUGAUGGUGGUAGACGUAGUGUACGUACCAGUUCCGCGUUUAGCGAAGGAAGCCGAGAUAUUGCCAGCAUUGAUCGGUUUGAUAUGGGAAUACCGACUAGCCGGCAACAGAAACAGCAGGAAGAUUUGGCGGGCCAUAAUACGAUGAUUACCAUUAACAUUAACUACCGAUGUGAUACUAACACUCUAAGGACAAGCAAAGCUACAUGUGCAGAGAAGGCUGUAGAUAUCAUGGUUUCAGCACCACCGCAGGCGGUGACUGGAACUAAGCGGAAAUCGUUAGAUAAUGAGAAAGCGAUUACACAGCAGGCUGCAGAACGACACGCUUUAAGUGCGGCAGAGAUUGAGGAGGAAGAUUUGAUGGAUCUGGAACAGAAGCCAACAAUGACGGAUGAGUUGAAAUUGAAUAAAUCGGAAGACAAAACUAAUAAAGUGCUAAUGGAAGAUGCUGGUAGUGAAAGUAUGACGGAUUGUAUGCCAAAAGAACAUCGUGGCUCGUUAACUAACAAUCGGUCAUGCCGCACACCCGAUGAUGAAGAGUAUCACGACUGUGAUGAUCUUCACGAGUCGACGCUUUCCUUCUACGAGCAAGCUUUCUCCCAACCAGUCACGCCACAAGAAUCGAAGAAACGCUCUUCUGGUGUGCAUGCAUCAAGUGGAUCUAGUGUUGAGUGUGAAAAUGACAAAUUGAACGGAGAGCAACCGAUGAUUCAAAUCGUGCAAGAACUAUCGGAGGAUCACAGCGAAGUCACGUCGAAAAUCACGUUGAGCAAGGCGCAGAUACGAGACAUGCAAAAAGCGUACGGUGCACGGCGCAGCGUUGAUACCGCCGAGGAAUUGAAAAGACAUUCUUCGUCUGAUGAAAUGGGUGCCCAUGAAAAGCACGAAAAAAGAAGAAAAUCUCUCAGCAACGUUACUACCAAGAAGCGCCACGAUAAAUCAAAUCUUCAGCGUCAGCAGCGCAUAAUGGAUGACAAUUUCUGUAACGAAAUUCUUGAUUCAACGAUUCAUUUCGAUCGACUGUAUGGAAAAAAUCACCCUGGUCGCCCCGUGAUGGAAGAGCAGGAUAUUGUCUCUUCGCCGUCUCCGGCACGACCAAGGGCAGAAGAAUGUUUUAGCGACUCUGUAGUGUGUGAAAUUGCAUCGCCGGGAGAGGAAUCGUUCGAUUCAGUAAUGUCAGUGGGAAAGCUGGAAGGAAAGCCACGCUAUUCGGGCCGAACUGUUGGACGAUUGAUGAUGAAACGUUUGAAAAAAUUGCAGAGCAUUGGGGCGCAGAAAAUGUUGGAUACGUCGGAUGCGUCUACCAGCUCUUCACAUCAGAUGAGUGGACCGAAGAAGCCACCACGGACGUUUGCCAACACUGCAAAGCGAUCGACCGCACUUCCAGUUCCUUCCUGUCCUUUGGCGAAGGACGUCGAAGAACGUGAUCCUUUCGAUCGUGCGAUCGGAUGGAACCUAGACACAAAACCAAGAUCUCAUCAGGUCGGGUGGACUGUACCGGCCAGCAAUGGAAAAAAUGAAUCUAUUCCUGCACAGAUUUACAGCAUGCUAAACUACUCAGAAGACGAGGGACGCAAACAGUUGAUCAAGACGGGAAAUUCUAAACCAGCGCCCCAGCAAUCAAUAUCAUCGAAAGGAAAAAGUAAGUACAGGACUGAAGGAGAACCGCUUGGUCCUAAGCUUGAAAUAGACACUGUCGAUGGAACGAGAACACCUUCCCGUCGUCACUCAACAUCAACCGAUUUUGAACGAUUCGUACGAGAAUCGAAUGUUAAGAGUACACCCCAUCGUAAGAGUGACGUUUGUAGCCGCAUCGAAACCCGUCGAAGAAUCGAACAAUUUCUUAGCGAAGAACGACAUCAAGUUACAGAAGUGCAACGAAAGCUACCCGGUGUGGAUCGACGUCGUCGAACAACGGGUGGCAUAUUUGAACGGCGUCGGCAGCAGCAGGAAAAUUUUUUAGACGAUGCCAGGCGAACGAACCAUGAACCACGACGAAAAAAGAUAUCGAAAGGUGGUCAGGUAUCUUCCGUCACACCCAGAAACGCUUGCUGUCCGGCAGCAGCAGCUACAAUCGCUGGCACUACAUCCCGAACCAAUGGAAAGGUCGAAAAACGUCGAACAUUCCGUAAGGCUGCCAUAUUGAAACGCACACGUACAUUGUUUGAAGCAUCGAAGAAGAAAAUAUGGGCUAUGAAGAGGUUUGAAACACCGAAGAAACAGAAUAACGUAAGUAAAACUUCACCAUCUGACCAUUCCGAACGCGAUCCAAAUAUCAAUCGCAAUAGUUCCGCGAAAAAGAAGUAUAAUCUACACCACAAGCACUUAGGGUACACACCGGUUCAUUUGAGGUGUAAAACGUGUGGGUCAGGACAAGUUGGUGGUAAUGGCGAAGAAGCAGUAGUGCCAGUUAAUUACCGUCCUACACGACAGCAACCUUCUUCUCAUGCAGGAUUAAAAUCUUCUAAAGAUGAAAAUAAAGAAAACCUUUGUGCUACAAACGAUGAAAACAGGCGACGUAAAAGUGGUGAGGAAACUAAUCGAAAAUCUGCUCGGAGCCUCAAUUUUGCUGCGGUCUCACAAGGACAACGUUUAAACCCUUCGCCUGUAGAACGUUCCGAUAAUGAAGUGUCACCCCGAAAGAGCGGAAAACAUCUGUCCGAGACAAAGUUCCUAAAGACGCUUCGCAACUUGAAAAUAUCUCCAAAAAGGAUAUUUCGCUUUGGGUCUCAAUCUUCGACAGCCCUAGACAAUCGUUCAACGAGUAGCGAAUGCCAUGCACAGGGAGAAUUUCAAUCGUAUGACGAUCUGAAUCUGGACAAUGUGGCUAAUAUGGGCGACUUUCUUAGUAACAUACGGCGCAAAAUAGCUGAAGAUGAAGUGGGCCUACCAGUCAUGGGACGAGAGUCCAUACAACAGGCCACUGUGGGGCGUUCACUCGUUCCGGUGGAUGUGCACGGUGAGGACGAAGAACCGAUUUAUCAAGAAAUUUCACCGAAGGCUAACAAAAUGGUUCUCAACGAGUUUAUAAGCAGUGAAACGAACAAGCGGUACUUAAUGGUAAAUAACAAUCCAAACAUACUGUACGCGCUGGUAGAAAACAAAUCGCCACGUUCGUCAGGAAGGUUGGUGAAAGCGCGUUCGUUCACAAAUAUGCAUGCAUCGGUUGGCGUUACAGAUCCCACGGUUACAUCGACGCCGGUCAGUAAGCCUCAAAACAAUACGAGCAAAAGCCACAUGAAACCGAGCAAUCGGCGUGUCACCAUGUCGCCACAUAUGGAGGGACGUGCUGUGGAUAUUGUUAACAUAGAGGAACGGGAAAAUUCCCUAUACAACACAGCGUUAUCAGAAAAUCUAAAUACUCCACGACGCAGAACUACUGGUGAUGUUGCAAACGGUGAAGGUACUAGUGGCCAAGCUAACAGGUCGUUUAAUGCGACCGGAAGUACUGUCGGCAGCUCAAUAAGGCGAUCCUUGUUUACUCGGAAAACACACUCAGAUCACAAUCGUACUCUACCGCAACAACACCUGCAUUCAACUGAUGACAGUGAUAUUUCGAUUUUACAGGAAGAAGAAAGUAGGGAAGAAGAAUCCUCGUUGGAAUCGUUACCGGAGGAGACACCGAUUAUAUAUGAACCACUGAUCGUGCGGGAACGGGUUGAAGAUCGGUUAGCAUUUCGCAAGGAACACGAACAUUUUCAGCAAAAUCCUCCUGCAUCGACGUCGUCAUUUAGAACCGGGCGGUACAAGGGUAACCAGGAAGAUCUGUUUUCGUUCGAAAAGGAUAUUAUUGUCGAGGAAAACAUGGGUGGGAGAAACGUGAAGGCAGGUGUAGAAAGUGGUGUAGGUGUAGGACAAAAUUUGAUCGUGUUAAAGGCACACAAAUCAGUGCAAGUAAAGGUCGAUGGGAAUGGUGCUGCUCCUCUCGGUUGUUUCGAUACGGAUGGUGAGAUCGAUUCAUUACGGAAGUAUGAUGAUAGAGAGAUUGAAGAGCUAGUCCAUUCACUCCACGACAAUGUAACACUCUCGGACAUGGGUACGCUAGACACGGAGACGACCGCUUCUUCGUUAAUGGGUAACGAGCUCGAUAACAUUGGGUACGAUACCGUCGACCUAGCUCAACCAGUUUCACGAUCGUAUCGUCAACCAGUGCGUAAAAAUUUAACUAUCGAUACGGUGGAUGUUUCUGAGCUGAUCAGUCACGUUCCAGAUGAUAGUUUGUCAACUGGCAACCUGUCCCCUAUCACGAGUUCUCCAUCGAGCGGUAAAAUGUCUACUUCCGGUACCGCCGUUAUGCGCAAUUUAAAGGACAAACUACGAUCGUCUUUCCGCAAGAGUAGAACUUUUAUCAAAAAUGAACGACAACGCAUCGCCAACUACCUACUGGAGGACAGAUCUGGUAGCAAAUCGUCGUCUGCAGCUAGCUCGCCACGUAGACAUACGGUGCAGAAGACACAUGCAAACCCUACUGGUACUAAACAGGAUAGGCGUACAUCAGAUCGGCGUAAACAGGAGAGUGACAUCGAAAGUGAUGAUAUGUACCAAUCGUUUACGCAGGGCAGUAACAGCAUUGCGACGGGAAGCUCGAUGACCGAGCUUAGCAGUCAGCAUAUGAAUGAGCUGAUGCAACAAAUAAUCCGACAGGGUGACGCUCGGAAACAGCUUAAACAAGCUCUCGCGAUCUGUCGCAGUACGCGCGAAUUCGAAUGUUCGCCAGAGCUAAUCGAGGCAGAACGGUUACUGUUGGUUGCAACGCAAAAGGAGACGGCAGUAAGAAAUGAGCUGAACAAGAUCGAUUACCUAACCAACGGGAUGACACUGGCCGAAGGUAAGCGUGUUGGAACGGUCACUCUGAGUAACUUUGAAUUUCCACUAAAGGAAACAGCGGUACGGGACGCAAUGUUCAAUUACUUUUACGUUGUGGUAUGCACGUACAAGCACGAGGUGAAAGCGACGAUCGCCAAAGAGCGCUACACCGAUGGUCGGGUGUAUUUCCGUAAUUGUGCUAUACAGUUUAAAAAUCUGGACGCCAACUACGAAAUAAAGGUAGAGGUGUUUGUAUUGCAGCUGCGUAAGAACGUGAAGAGUUACAGCUUUGAAAGCCGAUACCAUUUAGACAAGGAUUCUAAACGACCGCUCAGUUGUCCAUCGCCAUCGAAGAAACUACGCGAAGCCGGACGGAUGUUGUCUUUUCGUUCAAACUCUCCGAAAACGUUUGACUUUGACAACGAAUUUUCACGCUUCAAAUCACAAGGUUUCCUAUCGUUAACCUCCUUCAUGCUGAUUACGGCAAACGGAACAGAGGAGCAAGAUGCUUCCGGAGAGGCCGGAGAAGAAAAGCCUUUCGAUGCAACGUACGCAACCGCACGCUCCAAUCACACGACACAGAUGUCCACAAUGUUGGAGACCGGUAAUUCCUACUGCUCCACGUCGGGAAACUUCCAACCCGUCGUUUGCCGGCAGGAUGGACAGAGCGUGGUGUUUAUAGUGGAAGAUUUCAAAUAUCUUACGCUCGACUCGAUGGCGUACACAUCAAAUAUGGUCGGCAAAAUCGGAAUGAACGUUCGCAGCGAGGUUCGCUUCGAAUGUUCCGAUAUGAGUGGAUUUUUGGACGUCGGUGAGAAGGUGGACGGUGAUGAAGGAAUCACCUGGAGUCGGCGCUGGUGCCAGAUGAAUGGGUUUGUGCUGGAGUUUUGGAAUUAUCCACAGGAGUGUCAAGAAAAGCAACCAAUUCUGUACAUCGAUCUGGUGAAAUGUAUCAACGAGAGUAUUGAGCUGGCUGACCGUUCGAUCUGCUCACGACCCCGAACGGUCCGAGUGGAGAUUUUCUCUUCGCGUGUCGCAGCUGUGGGUGUUAGUUGUAACAGCAGUGGCAUUGGUAGCUUCCGAAGCAGCGGUCGAACGACGAGUCCAAGCUCGGUCGGUGAGCCUACUGGUUGCGGUUCCGACCUUCGGCCAAUAUCUCCUAACGACGGCGGGCGAUGCCAUAACAACGUAACGAGCUUCCUUUUGGCCGCGGACACGCAGAGCGAUCUGAAGGGUUGGUUGAGCGAACUAAAUCGAGUAGUUAAAUUUUUAAAGGAAUGGAAAAUUUAAACCCCUUCGCUUCACGUGUAAUACCCCGGCGUGGUGUUACAUGAAUCGUUUAUAACACAUUACAACUAUCCAUUCAAUCACAGCUGCUCAGUAAUUGCUGAUGCCCAUUUUGAUAGCCACCACUAUUUAAGAUAGAUUAUCUAUUAUUACUCUUUAAUGGGCAUUUUCUGUACCGAUGUACCUAGUAAGGCAGCUGUUUGUACGUAACAAGAGACACAUGCAGCUAGUUUCGUUAAAUGUAAUGCUCUCUGAUUAAAGGAACUGGUUAGUAUAAGAAAAUGAACGCAACAAUAUGAAAACAAGUGCCUUUAUCACUUACUCAACAGCCUAAGAAAGAUUUCAUUAGCAGCUAAUAAUGGUUAUGAAGGGGAGUUGUCUCUCUGCAACAAGACUGCACCGGGGUCAGAAGUCAAUGAGUGCUGAGUGGUGAUGCGCUCCCUGCCCUGGUAAACGGUGAUUAGGGUAAUAUGUUUUCUGGUUUAAUUGUUUUUUUAAGUUUGAACAGUUUAUCACAUUUGACACGCAUAUUGGCGCACAUUCCAGUUUCGUUAAGUUUUCGACUGUAAGUGAUACGUUUGUAAAUUUUCAUGUUUCAACAUGAUUGUCAUUUUGCAAACAUAAUCAAACUGAAGAUUGCAUAUCAAAUCGCACAAACUUAACUUAAUCUUUGCUUUUCUCAUUUGUAGUACAAUUAAGAGAUCUCAUGUAUAAAGUUAAUUGCAUUAUCAAAAGAAAGUCUAUUAAGGAAGACUGGCAGGAAUGAAAAGUUUACUUUCGCCGAAAUGUAAAAAGCGAUUUGUGAAAUGUUGGUUAUUAAAUACCGGUUGAAGGCAAUAAAAAGUUUGUUAGGGGGUGUUGUCUGCAAACAAAAAGGGAAAAGGGAAUAAACAAUUAUACUUAACGUAUAGCAUAAAACAUGAUGAAUGUGAUGGUUUUUUUGCAAUUAAAUGUUUGUUUUUCAUCUUUUGUUUAAUCAUCUUGCUUUAAACAUUAUCGAACGAAGCCAGUUUGAUCACCAGAAAAGAACUACAUCCGUUUGUCUUCCCUAAAAAUCUAUAAUAAAAAUGAACACACACCCAAGUAAAGGUAAACAAAGCUUGAAAAAAGGCUGGAAAAUAAAUGAUAAUUUUUUAUUCAACA